CUGUUCUCACUUGAUCCGGUAAGAGCAUCUCUCUCUCUCUCUCCCCGGAGCUAUGAAUGAUUUAUGAUUGCUUUUGGUACUCUGAUCUCUUUCCAUCUUCAACCUCUGGAUUGAUUGAUUCCCCACCGAGAUUAACACUUUGUCUCUUCUUGUGAUAACAAGUUUUAACGCAGAUCUCGUUGUUUGCUGAUUAUCUUCAGCUCUAGCUAGGGUUCGUGUAUAUAUAUAUACCUUUCGAAUCAUGUUUUCUGAAUAAUAGAAUUUGAUUUUUGGGAAUUGGAGUUUUAUAUAAUCUUAGAGAUUGAGAGGGAUUAGGUUUUUUCUAUUACUGGAAUCUACAUGAGUCGGUUUCAAGUGUUUAGAAACCAAGUAUAGCUCCAAGAUUUGAUUUUUUAGCUGCAACUUGCUAAUUUAGUGUUUGUAAGAUGAGUAACUACUCCUAAAGUGAUGUGCUUUACUCGUUUUUGGUUUCUAUGUAUGGUUGAUUCUCAUUCAAGCCGAUAUGCAUAUCUAAUGAUUCCUCAAAAUUGUUUUUUUUUUUUUUAUAUAGUCUUCUUUCAAAUUUUUUGGCCAGAGAUCUUUGCUUGAUGAAUAGAUGAUACUGAAAUAAUAAAGGGUCUGUCUUGUUUCUCUAUACUGGUUCAGGUUGGAGGCUUGAUGUCUAAAUGGUUAUUCAGGUGAAUGGUUCUGCCUUGAUUUAAGUAGAGAUGAGUUACACGAUGGUGACGGAUGAGAGUGAUGAUGCUAUGUACUCAAGCAUCUACAACGAGUCACCAUCUGCUGCUGAUAAUAUUGGCAGUGGCUGCACAAGCAGAGGGAAAGGAAGUGUCCUGAAGAAAGGGCCGUGGACCUCAACCGAAGACGGGAUUUUGAUUGAUUAUGUCAAGAGGCACGGCGAGGGUAACUGGAACACUGUGCAGAAACACACGAGCCUUGCACGUUGUGGUAAAAGCUGUCGUCUCAGGUGGGCUAAUCAUCUGAGGCCGAAUUUGAAGAAAGGAGCGUUUAGCAAAGAAGAAGAACAGCUCAUCGUUGAAAUGCACGCUAGGAUGGGGAAUAAAUGGGCACAGAUGGCUGAACAUUUGCCUGGUCGAACAGAUAAUGAGAUAAAGAAUUAUUGGAACACGCGUAUCAAGAGGCGGCAACGAGCAGGCUUACCACUUUACCCUCCUGGAACCCAUGUUGAAGACCUGCACUGGAGUCAAGAGUAUCAUCCAUCAACGAGUAAUGUCACCGGAGUAGAUAGAAGAAGACAUCAAGACAUCUUGCAGUUGGCAAACUCCAAAGCUAAUGUUCUGUUUGACGAUCUAAACUUUGCUAACGUCCUCUUUGAGGAUCUAAAUUUUGCUACUAGCUUGUUACCUGUAGCUUCUCACAUAUCAGAUAUGUUCUCAUGCAACAUGCUAGGCACUGGUGCAAGUAGUAGCUCUCGGUACGAAAGCUACACGCCACCAAUCUUGCCUUCCCCGAAGCAACUCGGAGGAUCUGGAUCUCUGUUUAACAUAAGGCAAGAGUUCCAAUCUCCACAAAAGAAUCCAAGAUCUUGCAGUAUCUCUGAUCAUCCUAUGUAUGGAAAUCAUCAUCAGUCCGAUGUGAUGAUUCAAGAUAGCCAUCAUACCUUUACGGAUGGCAUGGUUCCUACUUCUAAGCCCUUGUUUGGGGCAGUGAAGCUGGAGCUCCCUUCAUUCCAAUAUUCAGAAGCUAGUGGAUUUGAUCAGUGGAAGACGACGACACCGUCACCUCCACAAUCAGAUCUACUGGACUCUGUUGAUACUUAUAUUCAGUCUCCACCACCGUUGGAGAUAGAUGAGCCAGAUUGUUUCUCUUCAUGCGACACCGGCCUACUAGAUAUGCUACUCCAUGAAGCCAAGAUCAAAGCUAGUGCGAAGCACAGUUUCAGUUCAACUGCUUGUAUAACCGAUGGUACUCAGGAUGUACCACGUGGAGGUGAAACCCAUAAUAUCACAUCAGGUGCAGGUGGAAAUUCAUCAGCUUUUGCAGUUGUGAAGACGGAAGAGUUGGAUCAGGUAUGGGAACCAAAGAGAGCUGAUGUAGUACGGCCUGAUGUUUUACUGGCGUCGAGCUGGCAAGACCAACAAGGCCGUUUUGGGAUUGUUAGAGACUCAAGCAGCUUGAGUGACGCCCUUGCGCUUCUUCUUGGUGGGUGAAGAGUCAGUGGAAACAGUUACUUGACUGUUGGAUCAUCAUCAGGUGAAGCACCUGUUUGGUCCUUGUAACAAAAUGAACCACAUCUAUUUUCAUGCUACUUUGCUUCCGUUGAAGACUUUUCGGUUUCUUAUAGUUGAGACAAACUCUGUUUGAUUUCUCUUAUAAUUGAUAAAAACAAAUGAUUACUCAAACAAUACAUAGGAUUAAUGUAUUUUAUCUUGCAAA